AAAGAAGAGAUCGUUCAACGGUUUAAAGAACACGGCCAUCUCUCUCUCUCUCUCUCUCUCUCUGUCUCUCUGUAACCCUAGAUUUCGAAGCACGGAGAGAGCAAGAUCGAAGUCUUUUAUUUGAUGGAUUUUUGGAGGGCUCUAAUUAUAGCGGGAGUUGUGCUGGUGCUGAGUGUGACCCUUGGCUCAGCCGGAGAUAUAGUUCACCACGACGACAUCUCUCCCAAGCGACCUGGCUGCGAAAACAACUUCGUUCUGGUAAAAGUCCCAACUUGGAUUAACGGUGUAGAGGACCAUGAGUAUGUUGGUGUUGGUGCUCGAUUUGGCCCUACCUUGGAAUCAAAGGAAAAGCGAGCUAUAAAUACUAGAGUUGCUCUGGCGAAUCCUUCUGAUUGUUGUAGCACACCCAAGAAUAAUCUUACAGGGGAGGUCAUUCUGGUGCACCGUGGAGGUUGCAGUUUUACAAAAAAGGCAAAUAUUGCUGAAGCUGCUGGUGCUUCAGCCAUCCUCAUUAUAAAUUACCAUAUCGCACUUAUGAAAAUGGUUUGUGCAACCAACGAAACUGAUGUAUCUAUAGGCAUACCUGUGGUUAUGCUUCCACACGAUGCAGGUCUGAAAUUGGAAAAAUAUUUACAGAACAACUCUGCAGUAUCUGUGCAACUAUACUCCCCUCUACGUCCACUGGUUGACAUUGCAGAGGUGUUUUUAUGGCUUAUGGCUGUUGGUACCAUCUUAUGUGCUUCGUAUUGGUCUGCAUGGAGUGCCAGAGAAGCCGCUAUUGAGCAGGACAAGCUAUUAAAGGAUGGUUCAGAUGAAAUUCUAAGCUUGGAAGGUGUUGGUUCUAGUGGUUUUGUGGACAUCAAUACAACAGCAGCAAUUCUCUUUGUUGUAAUUGCUUCAUGCUUCCUAAUUAUGCUUUACAAACUUAUGUCAGUGUGGUUCAUUGAGAUACUGGUGGUCCUAUUUUGCAUUGGCGGCAUAGAGGGCCUGCAAACUUGCUUGGUGACUUUGUUAUCAUGUUUCAGAUGGCUUGAACAUGCGGCACAGUCAUUUGUUAAAAUACCCUUCUUUGGAGCUGUGUCAUAUCUGACACUGGCCAUUUCCCCCUUCUGCAUUGCAUUUGCUGUUGUUUGGGCUGUCUAUCGAAAAUUCUCCUAUGCUUGGAUUGGUCAAGAUAUACUUGGUAUUGCGCUAAUAAUCACAGUUCUUCAAAUUGUUCGUGUCCCAAAUCUAAAGGUUGGAACAGUCCUCCUCAGUUGUGCCUUCUUGUAUGACAUCUUUUGGGUAUUUGUUUCUAAAUGGUGGUUCCAUGAGAGCGUGAUGAUAGUGGUAGCUCGUGGUGAUAGGAGUGGAGAGGAUGGUAUCCCAAUGCUACUAAAAAUCCCCCGGAUGUUUGAUCCUUGGGGUGGCUACAGCAUCAUUGGAUUUGGUGAUAUUAUCUUACCGGGGCUGCUUGUAGCAUUUUCAUUGAGGUAUGAUUGGUUGGCAAAGAAGAAUCUUCGAGCAGGGUACUUCCUCUGGGCGAUGACCGCUUAUGGUUUAGGUCUCCUCGUCACAUAUGUUGCUUUGAACCUGAUGGAUGGACAUGGACAGCCGGCUUUGCUUUACAUCGUUCCAUUCACACUCGGAACUUUUUUGACAUUGGGAAAGAAGAGAGGUGAUCUUAAAAUACUUUGGUCAAGAGGAGAGCCAGAAAGGCCUUGCCCUCACAUCCAAUUUCAACCUUCCCAAUAAAAAGAAACCAUGAAGCACACUUAAAUGUAAUUGCCUUUUACACUUUUUUAGCUAUUUAGUAACAAGGAACUCCUGAAUUCUUACCUCUCUCGGUGUGUAGGACUGUAACAUUUUUUAGUGUUACCAUUACAUCUGCAAAGAUCCGAACUGAUGAUAACCAAAAAGAAAACAUCUUUAAGAAGUAAUUCCAUAUAGAAUACACUUAUUCUGAUCUCA